GGCGGGUGCGGCGUGGGGAGGGGUACGGCUGCCUUGUGCCGCCCGGCUCUUGCGGCCGCGCCUGGGGCUUCGGCCUCGCUUUUCUCCUCGGUUAAACCUCUGAGGGGAUGCUCGGAGAGCCGGGGCUCUGGCGGCGGUGCCGGUCGGCUCCCACCGAGCCUCCCUCAGGCGCCGUCUCAGCCGCUCUUUCCCGUUCCUCAUCCCCGUCCAGCCUGCCCAGGCAUAAAAAUAUAUGUAUAUAUCUCUGAUUUUUCUUCUUUGCAUACCCGCUACUGUAGCCACUCUGCCUUACACCUGCGCCUAGCUGUCUGAAGCUUCCUGUGGGCGGGCAGAAGUGCCCCGGCCAAAACAAGUUCAAAUAACUUUGUUCCCUGAACACUGCUUUUCGUUAGCUCGUCUGCUUUCCUGUAUUCACUUUCCCUGUAUUCAUUCCUGUGCCCCCUCUCUCCCAUCUCUCAGACAUGGGCAGUGGGUGAAGCUUGCUGCUGUAUCUCCAAGUGUGUGCCAGGAGUUUUCAGUUCCUCCUCCGUCCCGAGCUCUGUAUUUCCUUUCCACAGGAAGCUGCUUUGCUAAGGACCAGCUUACACUGACCUAUCAUGGCAUCCAACAAAUUUGUCAUUAAGUGUAGGAACUUUGCUGUCUUGGUGGAUGUUCAUAUUUUCCCUCAAGGCUCCAGUAAAGACACCAGCUGGUUUUCAGAUCAUGAGAAAGAGGAGGUCUGCAAGCUGCUAGAAGAAGUUGUUGCUUCAAGGGUCAAACACUACUUGGAGGCACCUAAACAACGUGGUCAGUGGAAAUCCAUGCAACAAGGAUCAUCUGGGCCUUUGUUUCUUACUGCCAACAGUUUGCACAUUACUGCCUACUUUAUGAAGAGAUGGGUUAAUCUCCGUUGUGCUCUAGGGAAACAUUAUCGUGAGCUCCGUGUGUUUCCAGAGAAAUUUAUCGUUUGUGUCAGUAAACUUGACUUUGAUCCAAGUGCUUGGACAUGUGACAGUGUUGGAUUGAAAGAAGAACUUUCCAAUGGGACAUCUGAAUAUUUUACUGAAUCUGCUGAGAACAAGAAGCUUAAGAUUAAUCUGAGUGAAGAAAUAAAGCAAGACACCCUGAGAAAAAUUGUGAAGAGGACAAAACCAAGGAGAAGUAGUGCAAGCAAACCUCAAAUCAGCAAGGACUCCAAGAAAGUGUGUCUUGGCUGGGCAGACUCACAGACAGAGAACAGAAAGAGUGACUGUGAGACUUCUCUCAGUGCUCAGUCUGCUGUGAAACGUAGGAGCCCCAGCCUGCUGAAGGACUGCACAAACACAGCUGAAAGCAGCUUGGGGCUUCCUGUGUUAGAGCAGAGAAAUUAUGUUAAUCAGAGACAGCCAGAAGAUGUUCGCAGCCAGCAAAAACCUCACUCUCUAGAGUGGUCAGAGGCGAGUCUUCUAAGUGAGGGCCCUCCUUGCAGCUCUGAGUCAGCUCUGCCAGCUCCAAAGCAAAGUCAGAGAGUGACCAAAACACAGGCUCAGCUCGAGACCUGUGGUUCAGAGGAAAAGUUGAAGCAUUUCACAAAAGUGUCCUCUGAAGGGACUUCUUUAACUUCUAUCAAUACAGAAAUGAGUGUGUGUGAUGAUAAUUGUUUGGGUCCAUUCCUGGAGGAGAAGACACCUCUUAAUUUCAGGUUGUUUUCAAAGCAAGACAUGACAAAGACUGUGGUUGACCAGAAGUCAUUGACUUUGAGAAAAAAACCCUCCUGGUCUCUUUUUGUGGGCAUCAGUGGAGUGCAGACAAGCCAAAAUGAGCCAAGCACAGCCCCUGAAGAGCUGCCUGCAGUGCCAACAUCAUGUCUAGAACUGCACCCUGUGUCUUCAAAGAAGAUUUCCCAAAAAAGAAAAAAAGAAGUGGAAAAUGGUCUUGGGAAGUUAAAACUGCGAAGGCUUAAGAAGUCAAAAUCUGAAAUACUGCCUUGAUAGCAUGGGUGGUCAGCCAAGGUUGUGCCUAAGCAAAGAGCAGGAAGCAAUUCAAAAUGAUGGAAAACAAUAAAAUACAAAAUGAAAAUUAGAGAACACAUUAAGAAAAUAUAGUUAACUAAGGAUCUUAGUCAUUUGGCACUGUAAUAAAGGUAAUCCUUUUAAGUCUUUAGGAAUUAGUCACGAUUAUGGCACAAGUCAGCAUCAUAUUUAUAGAAAGAAAAAUCUCUUAUAAAGUAAUAUUUGCUAAGCAAAAUUUUAGAUUUAUUCAUAUUCAGUGCUAUUAAAAAGUCAUAUCAGCUGCUAACAGCAAAAGUUAAACCCCCUGUUAGCAGCUGCAGUUAUUUGAUAUCUUGCUUGUUUCUGAGCAUGUAGUUUGUUUCAGUAAAAAAUUAACCCUUUCUCUGUAUUAGAAAGUUUGUGGUUUACUCACAUGAUCUUUACAGCAAUAAAGCAAAUUAAGUUUAUUUCAAAUAACUCUUUAACCAGGAUUAAUAGCUAAUGAUUUGAGGCCCACUUUUUCAGAGAAGUUUAAAAAUAACUAGUUUCUGCUUGUGUAGUUUUGAUAUGAACAUUUAAUUCUAGCACAUCUUGUGGAUACAAAUCAUGCAUUCAGUCUUGUGGAACAAUGAAGGUUUCUUCUAUAUAUUUAGAUUUAUAUAUUUAUACCUGGGUGUGCAAACAUCGUUCUUGGGUGAAGUUCACAUAUAAGCAUGCAUACACAUCUUCAUGGAUACAUGUUUCAAAAUCAGGCCUUGCUUGUGUGCAAGGGCAACACGCUGGUUUUCAUGUGGAAGUAAUACCAGAGUUAAAUCUUAUUUUAAGAUAAAUUUUAAUUUCACUGUUCUUGUUCAUACUGCUUCUUAAAUUUAAAUGCUAAUGAGCUAAGGAAAUGUGCCUUUUUUAUUUCAUGCUUAUCUUUUUUAAAUGUGUAGAAUAAAUGUAUAAGCUGU